CCUGUUAUUUUCGUCGCCGGGUAACAUUGCCUUCUAUUUGGAAAACACUCCUGAGAUCGGUAUCUACAAAAAAUACAUAAAACCAUGCCCAUAUUAUGUAUGUAACCAUUUUAAUGGAGUGGAGCUGGAGUUGCGAGUGGUAGUUGGCCGGAUUUGGGUCCUUCCUGAGGGGAGUCGCGGCCUGGAGGGCGCCAGGCGACGGCGUUGCGGUUUUGGCGGAGGUCGGAGCCGGAGCGAAAACUCUCCGUGUCAGGACGGCGAAUUACUCUGACCAGUGUUAAUGAUGGCCGCUACAAUUGUACAUGACACUUCAGAGGCUGUGGAGUUGUUUGCCCCGCAGGGACUGUACCUGAAGCCGAUCGCUAAGCUGACCAUUAGUGUGUCGCUUCCUCAGCUGAAGCAGCCUGGGAAAUCCAUAUCAAACUGGGAGGUGAUGGAGAGACUCAAGUGCAUGGUUCAUCCUGAGCAGUUUGCCACGCUCCGUGUGUCCAAGAGCACAAUGGAUUUUGUUCGCUUUGAAGGGGAAGUUGAAAACAAGAACAUGGUGAAAAGUUUUCUGUCUAAGCUGGACGCCAAAACUAUUAAACUCAGUGGCUUCACGGACACUUUAAAGGUACGAGCAGCUGAGGUAAAAAUAGACUUCCCAACCCGUCACGACUGGGACUCCUUCUUCCGUGAUGCCAAGGAUGUAAAUGAGACCUUACCAGGGGAGAGGCCAGAUACCAUUCAUUUGGAAGGAUUGCCGUGCAAGUGGUUUGCAGUGAAGAACUCUAGCUCAGAAAAGCCCAGUGACUUUAUUCUGCGCAAGGUGUUUGAAACCUUUGGCAAGAUUCGCAAUGUGGACAUCCCAAUGUUGGACCCUUACAGGGAGGAAAUGACAGGGAAGAAUUUCCACACCUUCAGCUUUGGUGGUCAUUUGAACUUUGAAGCCUAUAUCCAGUAUCAGGAGUACAUAGGGUUUGUAAAAGCUAUGGAUGCCCUGAGGGGAAUGAAACUAUUGUACAAAGGUGAUGAUGCGAAGGCAGUAGCCUGUAGCAUAAAGGUGACAUUUGACACCACAAAGCACCUAAGUGACUCGUCAAUCAGGAGGAGACAGAUGGAGCGACAGAAGCUGCAGGAGCUGGAGCUACAGCGGGAAGAGCAGAAGCGGCGUGAGAAAGAGGAGGAAGAGCGGCGAAAAGAUGAAGAAAGGAAACAGAGAGAGUUUGAAGAGCAGGAGAGAGAAAAGAAGAGAGAGGAAAAGGUCAGAAAGAGGGAGCAAAAGCAGAAGGAGCGGGAGGAGCGGCGGAAUGUGCGUAAGCUGCAGCGGGAGGAGCAGAAGAAGCUGCAGGAGAAAAUAGCUCUGGAGGAAAGAAAACUCCUGUUGGCACAGAGGAACCUGCAGUCUAUCCGCCUUAUUGUAGAGCUUCUCAGCAGAGCCAAGGUUGGUAAACAGCAGGAACUGGAGGCACGUCAAGUGGAAGCUGCCCGCCUCCAGCGAAUGGAAGAAAAGCGGCGGCAGCAAGAGGCUGAGCUCAGGCGGGUCGAGGAGGAGAAAGAACGCGUCGUGGAGCUUCAGCAGAAGGAGAAGGAGCUGAGAGAAAAACUACUGGAAAACCUCAAGCGGAAGGAGAGUGAAAAUCAGCAGAAGGAGGAGGUGUCAAAGCCCAGCCAGGCAGGCCAAGUAGCUCACAAGAAGUCUAUAGUUAGCGUAUCCCCUGUGUUGGCAACUGCUAUUGCUACACCUGCUCAGGCUGGUACCAGUCGGACUGUAAGCCAUGAUGCAGUUGUGCAUGGCAAGAGUGUGCCGCUUGAUGUGGAUGUAAAUGGGCACACUGAUGCGGCUGAAAGGUAUGUCAAUAAUUUGGAUCAGGCCCAACCUCAAAGGAAUACGAAUUCUGCCGAACGUCGAAGUGGUGACAAGUGUGCGCAGAAUGAGCAGUGUGCUACCACAGUGGCUAAUAGUCAAGGACUUUCCUCACAGGAAUGCUGUGGUAAAAAGAGUAGAUAUCAGAAUGGCCCCAGCCACAAAGAGAGAGAGCUGCAAAGCGACCCUAUCAGUGCUGAAACCCGCCAGUUGCAAAAGGACCCUAACAAAGGAGGCAACUCCCGCAAGAGCAGCAGCAGUAGCAGUGAGCAUAGCAGGAACUGGAGGGACUCGAGCAGUGACAGUAGCUGCCGCCAUCGCGAAUGGAGCCGGCACCAGUCCCGCUCGAGGAAGGACAGCGGCCGGCAUGGCAGGGAGCAGGGCCGCGGUCGUCGUGACUCCAGCCGUGAGCGGAAACGGUAUAAGAGCAGGGAGCGGACCAGCGGCCGGUGGGCCGCCAGCCGGGAGAGGAACCUGGGCGGGGAGCAGAGGCGCUGGCGGCCCAGCUCGAGCAGAGAGCGGGCCCGUCACCGGAAAAGCGCGAGCAGAGAGCGCAGCCGGCACCGCAGAGACUCCAGCAGGGAGCGCAGCCGCCACAGGGACUCCAUUAAGGGACGCAGCCAUCAUCGGAGGUAGUCAGGCCAACCACAGAUAACAGCAGAGGGCAUCAGACUCAACAAUUCAGAGGUUCAGGUGAACCAUGGACAAACUAAUUUACAAAUGUAGUGUGGUAAGAUUGUUGUGUGAGAUAAAACUAAACCAUAAAGGCAAGUGCCACUUGGAUUGAUAGUUUGCAUUGAAGAAGCCUUCUUUGUUUUGGUAGGAGGGGCCAAGAUUGGAAAAAACAUACAAUCAAAGGUUCAGCAAAUUGUAAUCUAACAUGGGAUAGCACUGUACUUCACAGAAGCUGGCUAUGAUUACAAGAUUGUUUAACAUUUCAAUCAUUUGGUAUUUACAAUACGAAACUUCCCUGGUAGAAGUUCCAAUCUUGUAAUGUAAAUCUGAUGACCUUUCAUGUUUUGUUUGCAAAUUAUUACUGUCAUAGAGUGUACAUAGUGGCUGUGUUGUGGCAAGCAGCUGGAUAAGGCAUUUAUUCUCUGAGUAUAAAUUCUCUGGUGAAUUUUAAUCAGUACUGUAUAUAAGAAUGUUUUGUAAUCUCUUGUAUACUGCUGUACAUGCCGUAUUCUAAUUAUUCCACAUCUUAAAACACAGUUCCUUAUUGUUAAUUAAACACCUAAUUUAUAUAAAUAGUGACCAGAAAAAUUAAUGGCAUAUUUGUUUUAAAGAGGCACCUAAAAUUGUCGUCAGAUGUCUCAGUAUUUCUCAUGGAUAUUGUAGGUUUUAGAAAUGUUACCAAUUAAAUCUUAUUUCCUGCCAUCCAUUAACGGACAUUGUUACUAAUUGUAAACGUAGUAUGGCCACAAUCUGGACAGUACAGUUGCAACUCUGACAAUUGGUGUAAGGGACAACAUUGUGAAGUAAAAUUAUGAGAAGCUGCAAGGGAGAGCAAUCUUCAUCAACUACUUAAAAAGAACCACUUCGGGUCAAAGCCCAUUUUAAUGACCCAUAACAGAACAAGUGAAACAGGAUUUUGUACCAUCGGGUUUCUGACCCGUUAUCUGAUUCAUUGUACAGCAAUUGCUGAGAAGGGAAAGUGGGCUGUUUAUGAGUGGCAGUGCUUCAGCAUGAAUCCAUUGUUCAUCUGAUUCAUGUGGAGUCUAGAAAGUGGCAUAUGAUCUCCAUUGUAUCUUUUCAAUGUAAAGAAAUUUGAACCAGAGGGCAACGGACUCAACGAUUCAGAGGUUUACAUGAACCAUGGGCAGACGUACAAUACUGUGCAAAACUCUUAGGUACAUGUAUAUAGCCAGGGUGCCCAAGACUUGCACAGUACUAUAUAUUAUGUUGUUACAGUUACCAAAUAACACUUAAUACUACAGAGCUAAUACAAAGCUAAGUACUCUUAUUUGUUUCCCAACCACCUUCCUAUUUUAACCAAUGUAUAGUGCUGUGACAAGUCUUAGGCACCCGAGCUAUAUACAUGUGGCUAAAACUUUAGCAUAGUACUAUAGUGUGGUAAAAUUGCUAUGUGUGACAAAUCUAAGCCAUGAAGGCAAAUGCCACUUGGAUUAGUAAGUUUGCAUUGAAAAAACCAUCUUUGGUCUGUUAGGAGCAGCCAGUUCUGGUCUGAACUGUAUUAGCAUUAGUCAGGUUUGUCGUCUUUAUAUUCCACCUUCUGAAGUUGAAUAGAAAUUAUUUCUGAAUUCCAAAUGUGCCUCCCAUUGGAUUGUCUAAUCUUCUGUCUAUCAUUCUGAUGGUGAUACUGUAAUAUCAUUCACUCCAGUUUUAAAGUAACGGGACCAACCUGUCAAGCAAUCCUCCUCAAAGAUUAGCAUUCUAUGCAAAUAUGUGACAAUGGUUUAUCUUUGAGUGGAAAUCUUGAAUGUUGCCUAUGAGACAAUCCCAUGGUGUAACUCCAGGUACGGUUAGAUUCAAAAUAGACUGAACAAUUCUCAAUACCUCAGCUGCUGAGAGCAGAUCAUCCUUUGCUCCAUAAUAUUUCCAGUUGGAUAGACAACAUAUAUGAUGUGUAACUGCAGGUAGGUGUUGUGUUGUAAGACUGGUUAGUGGAACUCUAGUGCUAUUGACAUGGGCAUCUUCCAGUCAAUAACAAAUACUGCUUACCUCUGAGCUUUUGGAACUGUAAGAAGAAUUGAAUGGAAGCUGGAAUGUCAUCAGUUUUCUCACUUGCAUCUUCCUAUUGUAUCUCAAUCCAUGAUAGCAAGGGCCAUACCCUGAAAGUGACUUUCUGCAGCAUCUUCUCUUUCUCCAUUGAGGUUUGUAACCGUGAACACUAGGGUGGGCAGGAGGGACAACUUGGGUGGGAAAAGUACAUCUUGUUUCCCCGCCAUCUCCUCUCCUAUCAGCAAUUGCAUUGGUCUUGUUGGAAGAUUUCCUUAAUGACACGAGUGUGUUUGCUUUGAUUGUUCUACUGUUUCUCUUUUAUUUUGCUGUAGUGAGUGGAAAACAAAGAUUGAAAACUGCAGCAAAACAUAGGUCAAAACUCGUUCUGAAUCACACUUGCCAUUGGUGUGUCCUGAAACAAUAAAAAAAACUUAGAAAUUCCUAAUUUUGCUCUAUCAAAUUGUCAAUGGUAUUAAACGCAGAAAGAUCAAUAUUAGGACUAGAGCUUAAGAAGCUAUAAAUAGUUCUCUGGGUAGAAAUAAAGAUAAAAAGAUAGGGUGUCCAAAAGAUGUUUUGUUUGGUUCCUGAACAACAAUAACACAGUGAAAACUUUACCUAUGAUUGUAUCUAAGAUUACACUUUAAAACUGAAAGUUAGUAAUUUGAUAGCAGAAUGAAGAGCAUUGUGCUCCGAGACUUUUAUUUUAAAAAGAAAAAGCCCAAACCUUUGUUUUUAUCUUGAAUGUUGAGCUUGUCAAAUGCUGUAAUGCAUCAUUUUGUUUUCAGUGGUGUGCAUUUCCUGUUCUGUAUAAAAUUCCUCAGAGUUGUGUAAUAAAUGCUGUUUCUGUUUCCAUUUGUCUCUUUCCUAUCAUUUGCUAAAUCUUCAACGUUUGCUUUUAUUCCCACCAAAUUUCUAAAAAAAAUUUUUCCCUAUUUAUUUUAUCCAAUCAACUGUCAAUCAUUUGCAUCGUUUAGUAAAAAGUUUUUUGAAAUACCUUUCUCAUUUGUCUUUUUUAAAUUAAAAUUAAGAUGUAACUUUAUCAAAGCUUUACACAAUAUUAAAUGUUCACACCAUGAACUGAUUAAGAUCUAUAUAUAACUGAAAUUGAAGCUGUAUAUUAUCUGUUAAUAAUAUAUUAAAUGUUUUGUGU